AUGGCCGGAAGCCAAGGUCAUGCCGGCGGCAGGAAGCGCUGCUCGCCGAACGGGGAGCUUAGCGGAAAGGAGAACAAGGCGGGCAAGAAGGCCAGGACGGAGCCAUCGGAAGUCGUGGGGUCGGGGCGGCAGGUCGCGCAGGGCAUCGACUACGAGGAAAAAGACCUGCUGAAGACCUUCAAGGAGGAUUGGGUGACCGUAAAACGAGCGGCGUUGUGCGAAUCUGAGCAGCAGGCGCUGGCGGAGACGGGGUCCGGAGGGGGUCCCAUCCGAAGGCUCAAUGACUUUGAUGUGGUGGAUGAGUCAGGGCACCUCCAGCCACUUGAGGUCCUGGACUUGAUAGCCAAGCCUUUGUUCUUCUCAGGGAUGCUCAAUUCUGUACUCUUGGAUAUCUCACAAGCUGUGGCUGCGCGCACAUGCACUGUUUUGGUUUGGCAGCUCCUCAAUCCUGAGUCUGGUGGCGAUCCUGAAACAUCUUUCAGCGACCUGGUCAUCAAGCUGUCGCGAAGGAAGAUAAAUCACGGAUACCAGACCUGGAAGGAGGCAUUGCUGUUGAAUGGAAGGUUCAUCCUUAAGCAGCUGAGGAAAAUGACGGAGCAAGCUGCGAAAUCAAGCAUGCAAUUCGAGGAAACACCGUUUGCUAUGGUGCUGGAGCAAGAGGUCGAAUCUCAGCAGCUCAGCUGUAUUCCUGGGGAUUUGAGAAUCGGUGAUGACGGGGGAAGCAGCAAAGUUGCUGCAAGGAUCCAGUUUGCCAGCACAGAACAGCAGCAGCUGGAGGCAGAUGAGGACCUCGCCCGUCGCCUGCAAGCAAAGGAGGAGGCAAGAAGUUGUCAGGGUCCCAGACGAGGGGCCAAGCAGACAUACAUCAAGAUAAAUGAGGAGGAGAUCGCUGAUGACUAUCCAUUCCCUGCCCAGUAUGAAAAGGAGCGUGAGGAGAUGGACGAGCUGCUCAUGGCUGAUGAGGGGCUGCUGUCUUUGGCGCCUGAAGAGCUGCCAAAGCGGAUUCUGUCAGACUUUGCAGUUUACAACUCUGAGGGCUUUUUCUCCAGCCUCGAGCUGUUACCAAUGUGGGGUGGGGUGGACCCUGACGUUGAGCUGUAUGCCUCUGGCACUGUCACAGAAGAUCAGGGGGAUUGGGAGGGAAUGGCAAUUGAUUGCCCUGAGGCAGCAGGUGGAUCGUGUUCAGGUCCAGCCGCAGGCUCGUCUUCCUACCAUGCUGCUGGAUCGUCGUCCUGUCCUGCUGGCAGCUCAUCUGCUGCCUGUGCAGGGAGCUCAGUGCAGAAUGGUGGGGUAGAAGAUCAAGGCGGAAUGCGAGUUUUCGUGAGUCAGAUCAGAGAGUGGAUAGCUGAGUGCACGUGCGACAUGUUGUUCAUAUCCAUUCGCACAGAUGUUGCAUGGUAUCGGCUCAAAAGUCCUCUACCUGCCUACACGCCAUGGUUCAAUGUAGUUCUGAAAUGUGCGAGGCUUGCAGUGAAGACAAUUGGAAUGCUCACAGAAGAGACACGACUCUCACGUUUGUCAUUCAAUGACGUGAUAAAGCGCUUGUCAGAGCAGCAUCCUGAAGAUGAAACUUUCAUCUCCUCCAAGGUGCAGCUGGUUGAGCGCUUUGUUGUGGUCCAUGGCCAAAUCAUCCUCAACCAGUUCAGCCUGUACCCAAAGCCACAAGUGCAGAGGUGCGCCUUUGUGCAGGGCCUCAAGGAACUGAUGGAAAUGCGUCGCCACUCCAAACUGUACAUGCCCAAAAAAAAGACACCAGUGCGGCGCAGCAUCGUCAACCGAAACCCCAUGAAGGAUCGGACAGCCAAUGCCCGACGAAAAACACUGCCAGCAGUAGCCACCCAGCUGGUGAAGAACAUUUGGCAGAACUACUUUCCAAACUCAGAGGCAGGGGCACCAGAGGGGAAGAUCUCAAACACAAACAGUGGUGAAGAUGAGAAUGAAGAUGAGGAUGACGAGCAUGAGACCAAUCUCGAUGUGUCUAGCCCAUCUCGGAAGAGAAUUGUUCGUGGAUUUGCCAAGAAGAAGGUGUUUGAACUCCUUGGAGAAUCCACUGGCCACCGUGGCGGCCGCCAGUUCUUCAAUCGUGCCAAGGCCGGCAAUCAGGACAUUGUCAUUGGCAGUGUUGUUGUGCUGGAAGGGGAUGGAGAUGAUGACGAACUUGGCAUGGUGCAGUGUCUGUGGCAGACUAGCAAAGGGGAGAAACUGAUUCAGGUCAGGGCAAUGGCCUGGGGAAGGGAAACGGUUCUGGGUGAUGCUGCCUCAGAAUUUGAACUCUUUCUGUUGGACGAGUUCAGAACUAGGCAAUUGCGACUUGUAUCCAACGUUUUGUCAGCGACUCGUCUCAGCAGGCCCUGGGGAGCCUCUCUCCGCUUGUCACACAUGCAUGAAGAUGAAAUGUUGGCAAACAAGAAUGCACAGCUGGCAGCAGAAGGCAAAUCUGUGCACCACUUCUACCGAUCUGUUUACAAACCACGAGAGGGCAUGUUUUGUGCAGUUGAGCCUGAAGUGGUGCUUGGCAAGUACAUGGAGGAAGAAGAGGAGGCCUUGGGUGGCCAACUGCUGGAGGGCUGUGGUCAGGGCUUCGUCAAGAACGGCAUCGAAUACAAGAUCGGGGACUACCUGUAUGUUCAGUCAGUUCCAUGGGAGCCAUUGUUUACUGAAUCUGUUGCCAAAAAGACAGCAGACAGUGCAGCAAAGGGACGCUGCCACAAGGGUGGCUCAAACCGGGGACUUCGUGCUUUUGGCGUGUGCCAGCUGCUGAAGAUUUCCACAGGUGGUCAGAGGCAACUGUCCAGUAAGGGCUCAGCUGUGACCCAAGUUCGAGUUCGAAAGUUCUACAGACCAGAAGAUGUGGACCCCGAUCUUGGGUACAAGGCCGACUACUGGGACAUUUACUACAGCAAAGACGAGGCUGUUGUCGAUGUGGACCUGGUCGUUGGAAAGUGCCGAGUGAAAGCACCUGGGGCAGUGCACAACGAUGAUGUUGACACCUUCGUCUGCACCCAUUCUGUGGAUCACAAGAACCCUCAGAAGCUUGGCCCAGCGCCAUCAAUGUUUGCCCGCCAAGAUGGCAGUGGCAACUCUUGUCAAAGCAAGGGUGUGCCUGCUCUGCGAUUGAUGGACAUCUUCGCUGGCUGUGGGGGUUUAUCUGAGGGGCUCCACAAGGCUGGUGUCGUGGAUACAAGGUGGGCCAUCGAGUAUGAGGAACCUGCCGCGGAGGCCUUCAAACUGAAUCACCCACAGGCGGCAGUGUUCUGCAACAACAGCAGCACGAUACUCAUGCGGGCUAUGACAAAAUGCGGGCUCCAAGGCAACUGCGUGGGAAGCGAGGAAGUGGCGAAGGAUGCGGCAAACCUGCCUGAAAGCGUGGUUGCCCAACUCCCUGCUCCAGGGGAAGUUGACUUCAUCGCUGGAGGCCCACCGUGCCAGGGGUAUUCUGGAAUGAAUCGCUUCAACAAGGGAGACUGGAGCGUCACACAGAACUCUAUGGUCAUGUGCUUUCUAUCUUUUGCCGACCUUUACCGCCCCCGCUUCUUCCUUCUGGAGAAUGUUCGAAACUUCAUUGUCCACAAUGGUAGCCAGACGUUUCGAUUGACGCUGAGGACUCUGCUGGAUAUGGGGUACCAGGUGCGGUUUGGCGUCCUCAAUGCUGGGAAUUUCGGCGUCCCACAGUCACGGAAGCGGACGUUCAUCUGGGGCGCGGCCCCUGGGGAGCGCCUGCCCAACUGGCCAACUCCCAUGCAUGUCUUCCACAAUCCACAGCUGACAAUAAAGCUGCCAGGAGGAAUCAACUACACAGCUGUGCCUGAAUUGGAUGGGGCACCACUGCGUUCUGUGACAGUCAGAGAUGCAAUUGCUGACUUGCCGCCCAUCGAGAAUGGCGCAGACAGAAGCAAGAUCGAUUAUGUCGAUCCUCCAUCCUCUGCCUUCCAGAAGGAAAUCCGUAACGGGAGCAGCUGCAUUUUUGACCAUAUCUGCAAGGAGAUGAAUGAGCUGAAUCUGGAGAGGUGCCGCUGCAUUCCCAAGAACACACCUGGGGCUGACUGGUCCAGCCUCCAGGAGCUUGUGCGAAAGGACCCUUCCAGGGCAAAAUUCAAGGGUAAGAGCCUUGUGCCAUGGUGUUUGCCCCACACGGCCGAUCGUCACAACAACUGGCGGGGCCUCUUCGGUCGCCUUGAUGUCAACGGCCAUUUCCCCACCUCCACAACUGAUCCCCAGCCCAUGGGCAAGGUUGGCCAGGUCUUUCACCCUGAGCAGGACAGAAUUGUGUCAGUGAGGGAAUGUGCACGAUCCCAGGGCUUCCCUGAUACUUUCCGAUUCCAUGGCACGGUGCAGCAAAAGCAUCGCCAGGUUGGCAAUGCAGUUCCGCCACCGUUGGCAACGGCGCUUGGCCGAGAACUCAAGAAGGUGAUCGAAUCUGCACCAUACAGUUCCUAG